AUGAACAAAGAGUCGUUGGUUCGUUUUGCGGCGCGGGGUUUGGCGAUCGCCUUGAUGCUGCCCGUGAUUACGGUCUUCACCGGGUGCAGCAGUAACCAAGAGUCCACUAUUCAGGUGGAAGAAGUCUCCAGCGAAACUAAAGCCGAAAAACGCCCCAAGCUGCUUUCUUCGUUCGGCCUGUGGGAAGGCCCCCCCGCCGAGCAACGCCCGGCCGAAGGGGUGGUCGCCUACGAUCUCAACUCCCCGUUGUUUUCCGACUACGCCUAUAAGUAUCGGUUCGUAAAACUGCCGCCUGGCGAAAGCGCACAAUACACCGAAUCAGAAGUGCUCGACUUCCCGGUGGGCACCGUGAUCGCCAAGACAUUUGGCUAUCCCGACGACAUGCGUGAUCCUGAGUCGCCGGUGCAUCUGAUCGAAACCCGCAUUCUCAUUCACCAAGAAGACGGUUGGGUGGCGUUCCCCUACCUGUGGAACGAGGAACAGACCGAUGCCACGUUGAAGCUCACCGGCACGAUGGUCGAUGUGGAUUGGGUUCAUACCGACGGGAACGCUCGCACGGUGAACUAUAUCGUACCGAAUGCGAACCAAUGCAAGGGCUGCCACGAAAACGUCGGGAAGGGAAUCCAGCCCAUUGGCCCACGGUCGCGGCACCUGAACAAAGACUUUGUCUAUCACGACGGCACGACCGAAAAUCAGCUUGCUCACUGGACCAAAGUCGGGGCCCUCGAAGGUGCACCGGAGAAUCCAGACGAUUCCGAGCGACUCGCCAUUUGGGACGAUGAUUCGACUGGCACGGUUGAACAGCGGGCCCGGGCCUGGCUGGAGAUCAAUUGCGCUCACUGCCACAACCCUGAUGGUCCUGCGCGCACCUCAGGUCUACAUUUGGCCCACGAUGUGAAGUUGCCUUCGGUUUACGGGGUCUACAAGACACCGGUCGCUGCAGGCCAUGGCUCGGGCGGGUUGAAGUUCGGCAUCGUUCCCGGCAAACCGGACGAAUCGAUUCUGUACUACCGCAUCAGCUCCGAUCAUCCCGGCGUGAUGAUGCCCGAACUCGGCAAACGGCUAGUGCACGAAGAGGGCGCCGAGUUGAUCCACGAGUGGAUCAGCGAGAUGGAAGAGCCGAAAGAGCAAGAGCAGCCCAAGCUGUCGUCCGCCGGCGAACCGCGAUAUCCGUCACGAUGUCGUGAAUCGAGCAACUUCGACCACGGUGGUGGGCUCGCCGGCCGUGCUCGUCAUGGCCCACAUCCCCCAAUCCUCGGCCUUCACUCCAGUAGACGUAUGGUUGCCACGAUUGAGUACAUCGAGAGCGUAAUCGCCAACUAUCAGGCGGCCGCUAAAGCGAAUCUCAAGACACCGUGCCGCGAUGGAAACGUGGUGCAUAUCACGUCGGAGAUCGCCGACGAUGUGAUGAUCACCGCCGACCUGCACGGGCAUCGCAAGAACUUCAACGCGAUCAAGAAAAUUGCCGACCUGGAGAAACAUCCUCGCCGGCAUUUGAUUAUGCAAGAAGUUUGCCACGGCGGCCCGACGUACCCCAGCCAGCAAGGCGGGUGCAUGUCGCACAGCAUGCUGGAAGAUGUCUCGAAGUUGAAAGCCGCCUAUCCCGAUCGGGUGCACUUCCUGCUCAGCAAUCACGAGAUGGCCGAGAUGACGGAGUACCCGAUUCUCAAGUCGAACAAAAUGCUGAACCUGAUGUUCCGCCUCGGGCUCCAGGAGAUGUAUGGCCCGGCAACCGAGAAAGUGCGCGAGGCCUAUCGGGAGUUCAUUCGCACUUGCCCCCUGGCCGCGCGGAUCGGCGAUGAUGUGUUCGUGUGCCACAGCCUGCCGGAGAAAGUCGACAAGCAAGGCUUCGACGAGUCGGUCUUCUCACGCGAAUUAGGCCCCGGCGAUUACCAAGAACACAAAGACGUGUUCCGAUUGGUGUGGGGCCGCGACUUUCGCCCAGAAAACGCGGCGGCAUUUGCCAAGAAGGUCAAAGCCACCACGAUGAUUCACGGUCACGACCCCUGCCCCGACGGGUUUCGCGUGCCCAACGAUAUGCAAAUCAUCAUCGACUGCUGCACCGACAAGGCCUGUUACAUUCUGAUGCCCACCGCUGAGUCGCUAUCGCACAAGCAAGUCGUCGAGCUGAUUCGACCGCUGCAAAAGUAA